AUGCAGAAGGACACUGGCCCGCUAGUGCCUUUGCACUGGUUUGGCUUUGGCUACGCAGCACUGGUUGCUUCUGGUGGGACCACUGGUUAUGCAAAAGCUGGUAGUGUACCGUCCCUGGCUGCUGGGCUCCUCUUCGGGGGUUUAGCAGGCCUGGGUGCUUAUCAGCUGUCUCAGGAUCCCAGGAACAUUUGGGUUUUCCUAGCUACAUCUGGGACCUUGGCUGGCAUUAUGGGAAUGAGAUUCUACCACUCUGGAAAAUUUAUGCCUACAGGUUUAAUUGCAGGUGCCAGUUGGUGA